UUUUCACAGUAUUCAAAAUGACAGAGAUCGACAAAAAUAUGUAAAUCUAAUAAAAUUAUAUUUACAAACACUUUUAACUAUACAUGAAAUUAAUGUGCUUCAUAAUUUAUUUGCCUGUAAUCAUUUUUAUAGCUUCACCACGUACAUUAUACAAUGGCUUAAUGAGUGUGGUGUAGAGGUAAUUGAACUAACAAUAUUGCUUCUUUAUUUGAUUGAUCGUCUGCCGCAUUUAUUUUCAUGUGGUUUAAUUUAACUAUUAAUCAGACCUCAUUUGAAUCUAGCUAACUUGACGGCCACAAGAGUUGUAAACGGUACAUGAGAUGGAACUGUUUGAUGAACCUAUUGAAUAUAAUAUGAACAACGAUACUGAUAGCCAGAUUUGUAAACCGAAUGACUAUAAUUUCCUUUAUCAAUGUUUCUCCAUCGUAAUAUUUAUGUUGAUGCCGAUUGUUCUAAUUGGUAACGGAUUGAUAAUAGCUGUUGUUAUUAAGUUCGAGCCAUUACAGAAGCCGUCGUAUUUGCUGCUGGCCAGCUUAGCGAUUUCAGAUUUCAUUUCUGGGAUAGUUUUCGGCGCCUGUAUAACCGGAAUUCUGGUCUCUGACAUAUCAGUAGCGUGUCUGUUUGUGAGGUUACCAACGGGUAACAUCCCAUUAAUUCAGUGGUGCAUUUCCCAGACGCACAUCGUUGUAAUAGCAAUAGAAAGAUAUAAGUAUAUAAUGAAACCAUUCCAAUACCUGCAACACGUGACAAAAAGAAAAGCUGUACUCGGAUGUAUAGUAACCUGGGCGAUUGGGAUUUUUACUGGCUUCUUGUUUUAUAUUUCUAAGAAAGCCAUGCAUCUGAAAGAUGAUUCGAAGCCGUCUGUUUAUCUGAUUAUUUUUUACAUAAGCUUGCGCUCGAUAUUAUAUACUUUAGCAAUUGGCGUAACCGUCGCCCUUCACGUUCGCAUCUACCGAGAGGCGAGGCGUCACUCACGGCAGAUAGCAGCGGCUACAUCUACGGAGCUUGACCAAAAUACGAGGUUCGAUAUUCGGGCUGCAAGGACAACCGCUCGCAUUUUGUGGGUGUAUUUGAUUUGUAUAUUCCCAUCCAUAAUCAUCAGCAUUGGAAUUGUUUUCCCAUUUCCUAUCAUCCAUGGUUUCUUGGAGGUGUAUGGAAUGGUUAUUGUACUAACUGCGAUGAUAAAUGCCGUGGCUAAUCCAUUGAUCUACGCCAGAAGAGACUGUGAAUUUCGUCAUGCAGUAGCAAAACUUGUUCAUAUUAGUCGUUAAUAUUUUAUACGAAGUUGUAUUGUCCCAUUUGAAGUCAUGAGGUCUAGAUCCAUGCAAGCCUAUAACACUUAUGUUACAUUCGCAUUUCUAUAAACAAUUAAUAGUGUAAACACUUAUACAAGUAAAAUUAUUUUAAAUUAUUGAUUGACAUUUUUAACAAUGUAAAACUCCAAACACCUCAAGCACUGAAGCUUUCCACAAGGGACCGUAAUACUGCAAUGCUAAUUAAUAUGAAUACAAACUAAACCAAUUUUAAGCCCUGGGUGGACAGACCAGGGAACAGUGAAAUUACAGACUUGGUUAAUUAAUGGGAAAUAUCCGCAUUGUAGAAGAAAUACAAUGCUACCAUUACUCUACUCUGGCUGUAUGAAGUAGGCCUAUGAUGUACACUGUACUGGCCUAGACAGCUUAUUUUCAGAACCGGAAUAUGGCAUUAUAUAAUCAUUUAUAAUACUGCAUUUAACUUUUAAAAUGUGACUGAAUGAUUGAAAAAUACUGCACAAAGAAGGAAGAAUGAAAUCUUUAUUGAGGGAAUAUCAGUUUUAUAUUAGCUAUGGUUGGGUAUGGCCUGGGCUGGCAUUGCUUUUGAAGACACAAGUAUCAUUCAGAAUUUCGCGAUUUUCGCGCGCCCUUAUUUUUUCGAUCGUCGUUUCAUCGCGAAUAUUAAGGGCGCGCGAAAAAGGGCUAUACAGUAUCCCAGCAUGGAGGUAUAAAUUAAAUUUAUUUUAAACCUCUAUAAUCCCAAUUUCAAUUUGUGAUUCAAAAUUUCGAAAUUUGAUUCUAAAUCGUUGAUUCAUUUGCGCAGUGGGCAGUACAACCUUCAUUAUCGCUACAAUUUAAGCUGAACCAAUUGUAUUGUAAACGUUAAAUGGUGAAGUUAGUGGCCAAUUCUUUCUAUUGGCAUGUAAGUUAAGUCUUGUGCUUCUUUAUGCGUCCCGAUUCCACCAAUCGUCCUUGCAUGAACAAUAGUUCAAAUAAAUACGGACCUAAAUCAUUAUAAAGUUCAGUUCGAACUAUGAUUUAGAUCCUACACAGGGUCUGUUUUUGUACAAUGGUUAAACUGUGUGUAGGUUUUGGAUGAGUCUCACAAAAAACGGUCACAAUAGAGCUAAGCUUUUUGUCCUUUGGGUAUUUUAGCUAACAAAAUUAAAUGAAAUAAAAUCUGUAAAUAAUCCCACAUAUUAUGACUGAUCUAUUAUUUUUAAUAUUAAUCUUAAUAAAAAGUGAUUCAGCACUCGUAAUUUUUGCCGAUAGAUCAUCACGUGAUUUGUAACAUAGGUUUUCAGAUAUAUAAAAUGCAACAACUCCACCUCUUUUUUUCCAAACUAUUUAUGAAUAAAUGAAUAUUAUUGGGUAAUUUUAUAUAAUUCUAAGUCAUUAUUUUUGAGCCACGUUUCUGUAAGAGCAAUGACUGAAAAUUUAAAAUUUAGUAUGAAAAUAUAGUUGGAAAUGGCAUCAAUUUUGUUUACAAUGCUGCAAAAAUUUAAAUUGAAAAUAGAAGAAUUGUUUCCUGUACAUAAGUAGGCAUGUUAUAAUUACAUUUAAAAUCUUCUGU